AUGGGGUGCAUGGAUCGCGCGUUUCUCUGCGACGGAAUCGCCGACUGCGGCGACCAGAGCGACGAGGAUGCGACGUUCUGCGACGCGUUCGACUGCAGCAGCGUGGGAAAGGACAGAUGCCCGGGAGGAGGGCAGUGCAUGAGGCAAGGGGGCUACUGUGACUUCAACAGUGACUGCAGCGACGGGAGUGACGAGGGCGAGGAGCAGUGCAGCGAGCUGUACAAGCAGGGGUACUGCCAGCGGCAAGGCAUGAUAGAGUGUCCUCUCGACCCCACCUAUUGCAUAUAUGAAACCGACCUCUGUGACGGGGAGGAGCAUUGUCUAGGAGGCUGGGACGAGGCAAACUGCCUAGACCACCCGUGCCCCUCCGGCUGGCUCAAGUGCCCAAAGACCGGCUACUGCACGCCUGCUGGUAACCUGUGCGACGGUGUUACAGACUGCUUCGCCACUCCCGAGCCUGAGGACGAGGACCCGGACUUGUGCCGAGCCUAUGCGUUUGCUGGGUUGCUGCCUGGGUUGCUGCCUGGGUUGCUGGGUGAAGGCGGAUGUGCAGUGCGUGCAGCAGGGGCAGUGGUGCGACGGGCUGUGCUGGUGAGUGCCCUGGGUUGCUGUUGCUGGGUAGGUGGGUUGCUGGGGUGCAGGAUUGCUGGGUUGCUGGAUGGUGAGAUGGGAUGGUGGGAUGGGAUGGUGGGAUGGGAUGGUGGGAUGGGAUGGUGGGAUGGGAUGGUGGGAUGGGAUGGUGGGUUGGGAUGGUGGGAUGGAAUGGUGGGAUGGAAUGGUGGGACGGGAUGGUGGGAUGGGAUGGUGGGACGGGAUGGUGGGAUGGGAUGGUGGGAUGGGAUGGUGGGAUGGGAUGGUGGGUUGCUGGAUGGUGGGUUGCUGGAUGGUGGGUUGCUGGAUGGUGGGUUGCUGGAUGGUGGGUUGCUGGAUGGUGGGUUGCUGGAUGGUGGGUUGCUGGAUGGUGGGUUGCUGGAUGGUGGGUUGCUGGAUGGUGGGUUGCUGGAUGGUGGGUUGCUGGAUGGGAUGCAUUGCGUGGGGUAUGUGUGUAUGGGUGUGAAUUAG